CCGGGCUCGGCCGUCGGGAGGUGGCCGUGGAGGGAAAGAGGAGCCCGCCAGAACCUGCGGCUCCUAUGGAGAGCCCGGGCCCCCCGUGACGCGGCGCUCUCGGCCCCGUUCGGCCCCCGCAUGGCGGCGGCCAUGGCCCCGGCGCUCCCCGAGCCGCCCUCCGAGGUGCCCCCUGAGACGGAGGCAGCGGUGCGGGGCCGCCAGGCAGCGCUGUGGGGCCGGGCGCGCAGCCUGUGCCGGAGGCUGCGGGCGCUGCAGGCUCAGCAGGUGGAGCGGCACGUUCGGCAGCAGCUGGCCGGGCUGGUGCGGUACAUGGGGCGGGCGGCUCCCGCCGGCCUCCCUCGCGUCCUGGGGCCUGACCUGCGGCAGCUGGCGGCCAGCGCCACCGCCAGGCUCCGCGCCGCCCAGGGGGCUUGUGACUCGGACGCCACCGACAGCAGCAGCAGCAGCAGCGGCGGCUCUAGCUGCGGUUCCGGGGGGGAGACUGAUAGCGAAAGCCCGGAGGAGGAGCGACCCGUACCGACCCCUGCAGCGCAUCAUCGAGCAGAGUGCCAAUGGGCAAUGGAGAGAGCAGGCAUUAUCUGUCAGUGGACGUGGCUGCAGGCUCAGAUCUCUGACUUGGAGUAUCGCAUAAGGCAGCAGACAGAUAUUUAUAAGCAACUACGUGCCAACAAGGGUCCAGUUGUCCUUGGUGGUGAUCAGCAGCCUGAAGAUUUGAUGAAACAGCAGGGCCGAUUAGGUUCUACAUCAGUGGUGAAUUCCAGAAGAAAUAAGGGACUACCACAUUCCUCCUCUUCCAUCCAGAAGGUCCCUUCUGGAGAGAGACCGUGUGAUUUGUCAUCCUGCAUCCCUUCCUACUUCAUGAACAAUGCGGAGAAACUGAGGUCUCGUCUUACGCAGUCUUUAGGAAACCCUAUGUGUCAAAGUCCCUCCUGUACCCCCAUCAAUGGGUCUCCAGGACCCCCAAAAGCCUGCACGUCACCCCACCAAGUCAACGGAAAAAUUUACUGUUUUCACACAAGCCGCUCCAACAGCAUUUCUCUGGCCAGUUUGGAAGCUGAAGAGAUUCUCAAACAGAAACGACUGGAUAGCCUGACUACUGUACCCUCUGUACCAGACAACAGCUGUGUUGCAGCUAGAAUCCGCCCCAUUUGCAGAUACAAGAAACGCAAGCUGGUCCGAGCUAACACUGUGUCUCUCCUUAGCAAGAAGCCGCAGAAACCUCUCACCAUGAAGUGUAGCUGUGAAUGGCCCAGCACUUGUAUCCUGUGUGGUUGUAAAACCUCUAUUCAGGCCAUAGACCCAGACACUAUGUCCUUAGAAGAGCGUAUAGCACUGCUGGAUUCUGGCUUCCAUCCCAUACUGUCGUUCUCUCAUGACAAGCCUCUUCACUUGCACUUUGAAACCUUACUAAGAGAUGACAGGCAGCAUAGAUUGAGCCAUAAGCUCAAGGCUCUGAAGAUGUCCCAUUUUGGAAAGAAGCCACAAGAUCUAACCAACGUUUUCCCAAAGCUAGGCCUGUCACCUCUCUCUGCAUCCAGUUCAUUGUUUAAAGGGGAGAGGCAGCUUAAAGGAACAGACAAUCACAGCUUGCUUGUUCCUGGUUCUCAGAUACAUAAACAUAGUCCUUUGAUGCACCACCUACCAUCUUUGUAUCUAGAAACUCCUCCACCCCCAUCUUCCAGCCAGUCCCCUUCCACUGCUAAUUCAACAAUGGUCUCCUCAAAGAAAAGAAAAGUGGAAUGUUCCUAUGACAUCAAUAACAUUGUGAUCCCAAUGUCAAUGGCAGCAGCCACUCGAGUGGAGAAGCUGCAGUACAAAGAGAUUCUAACACCAAGCUGGAGAGUGGUAGAGCCCAAAGAUGUGGAGCCACUGGAUCAUAUGGACUCUGAGCUGGAAGACACUUCUGAUGAGACCUAUUUGAACCAUCACACCAAGUAUGAGGAGCUUGAACGAGCCCGAUGGGAUUCGUGGGCAGCAGUUGUUUCCCACAAGCGAGGAAACAGGUCCUCCAACAAAACAGAUGGUCGAUGGACACCUCAACCAGCAUCUCCAGAUCCUGGAUUUAAUUGCCUUAAUGACCUUCUCUAUAUGCACCCUUCUAUGGGAUCUCUCAGCCCUGAGCCUUUUAACAUUCUGCAACCCCUCUCUAUAAAGAACAGGACUAGAGUGCCGCUGUCCUGCACUGAGGACACCAGAUUCUCCCCAGAAAUAAUAAAUGAAGUAAUACAGAGUGUACAACCUUGGGAACCACGUACAUUUCCCCUUUCAGACACAGCAUACCAAGCUCUUCUGGAACAGCCAAGUGAAGAUGGAUGCAAGCAGUCAGGUGACUUUCAACAGUGGGACUCCAGCAACAAGCAGGGUAUCAGGACUAACAGUAUAGACUCUGGCAUAUCUAACUCCAGGGAGCCACGUGUUUCAGAUAUGGACCUGCAAACAGAGGGCAACAGAAGCUUGGAGGUGUUCACAGACCAGCAAUGCUUCCCAGGAAGGCUGUUCAACAACAGAUGAACACCUGAUUUAUGUGAUGUGUUAUGAUAGGCACAUACUUUAUUUCAGAAUCAAAAGCUUGGCUGAUGAGCUGGUUCAGAGGAGCACUGGCAGUGAAUGGUGCUGCCAUGCCUGAGACCUAGGUUCAGCAGCAGCUUUUGGGCUCCCAAGUCCCCAGAUUGGGAAGAGUUGGGCACACUGCAGAAAUAAGGUGCUGGACCUCUGAGAGGACCGUGCUGUCCAGAAAAAACAACUUCUGGUUUACUCUGGAGAAAAGGGAUCAAUUGCCCUGCUGGCAAGAAGGUUAGGUGCUGCGACAGUUGCAGCAGCCCAGGAUAAUGCAGAGAGAGAUAUGGUGGGUUAAAAAACAAACAAACAAAAAGAAUGAAAAUCAAACAAUAGAGAGGAAACUACAUUGGCUGUU